UUUUUUUAGAGGGCCUCAUCGCCGUCGUUUUUCCUUUCCAACAAGUUCAUUUCACAUAGAAAAUAUCAUUAUAGACUUGUCAUGAAUGACGGGGCCGCGCUUGUUCAACUGGCUGAAUUCAAAGGAUGAAGGUGAUGGUCAGCAAGAUGACAGAGUACAAACAGACAACUCUGAGGAGAUCACAAAGAAAUCUAGACCUGCAAGACUAAGCAUUGACACUUCCGACUCGACUUUGUCUCGAACAUCCUCUACUGUCUCUGAACCAUGGCACUAUGAUGCUACACCCGAUCACCCCCUUGCUAUCGCCGCCGACAAUUUGCCGGAAUCUCACACUUGGCAUGCAACAGCCAGUCCCGCGUCUCCCGUUACCUUUCCCGCCCCAGUUCCUCUUCGAGAUGACUUGGACGAUGCUCCUUGGUUCGCAAUUGCUACUGAAGAACAGCCGAGAGCACUGUCUCCAAGCUCUCCUUUAGAGAUUGUUAACGAAGAUGCAUGGUACGCGGAGGCAACCGUAAGAUCGCCCGUUCGAGUCUCAUCUCCCCUACCAGUGUCAAGCUCGCACUCUAACGCUGGUGACGAAGAACCAGACUUCUUUGCCACUGUUGCAUCACCCAAAAAACCAUUUCGCCUGCGGAAAAGACGAAAAAGCGAGGCGGGAACAGAGUCUUCGCGAAGUCUUACACCAGAUAGUGCAUACUCCGCGACUACAAGUAUCGCGGGUUCAGAACAUGGUGAAAGUGCAGCUGACGACGAUGGGGACGAUGCAAAAACGGUUCUCACCACCAGAUCAGAACCCAUAAAGCAAAAAAAGAGUAGGCUCUCAUUUGCGAAUAGUGACAUCACGGGUUCCCUCCGGUCGGCAUUUCGCCGCGCACUUUCGCCUGAUCCGCCCCCAUUACCGCUACGAUCGCCGACUCCAAAUGCCGCGCCUCACACAUCCAUGUCCAUUGUACCCCCCACCCUCCCUUCUCGACCAUUUUCAACACCCCCUAUAUCCCAGCAAUAUGACGAUCAUGUUGAAUUCUACUCUCCUACACGGUCAACCCCACCGUCACCGGCACGCCCGACAAGAACCGAGCAGAUCAUACAGACUGCCGCAGACCAGAUUGAUGAGACGAGCGUAAUUUUGUCUCGUCUGUUGAGAAGCGCCAAGAGAGUCGUAAAGUCGAAUGCACCAUCUCCUAUACCCGGGACUGUCGUUAGAGCGACGUUCAAGAGGACGGAAUUGCAGGCCGAACGGGUGGAACCUACCGGCCAACUCCUUGAAUCCGAACCAGUAUGGCCGGUAGUGAAUGGUCAUGUAACAGAUGUACCUGAUGUGGAACAAGAGCAACUGGCAGAAGAAGCAAACCACGUGGGAGAGGAAUUUCGGCUCAUGUCUAUCUGGCCCCAUAAAGAAGGCGUGCUUAGCGACUUGAACGCUCCACAGGGAUUAUACGCCACACAAGCGCAAGUCUCUGAACCGCUAGAGACGCAGAUCGUUUUACCUGUCAUUGAUGGUAGCCGUGAAGAUAUGGAAGCUCCUCGGUCGAUACCUGCGAACCAGUUGGAUCACUCACAGCAAAUUGAUUGUCAGCCGAUAGUUCCAAUGAUCCGAGCGUUGUGUGAAGAACUGACCGAUGGGUGUGUAGCUCAUGACGCAUUACCCUUUGAGCAUGCAGAUGACAUCGCGCUGGAUCCAGUCAUUCCAAUGACAACAGCGCGGGUUGAGAGUGUCCGCAUUGAUGUUGAUCCAGAGAACGUCGAACAUAUGGAGGUGGCCAAGGAGCUAGAUGUGUGCGUUAUAUCACCGGUAGCAGUUGGGUUCCAAGUUGAUACCCUUGAAAUGGGCGUGGCGAGGGAUGCUUUGUUCGAGCAGGCGGCAAAAGAAAGCAAGAUUGGUCUUAUCUUACCCGUGGAUAUUGGAAGUCAAGCGAGCAGCAUCAUGCAUUCUGAAUCCCUGGUCACUCCAGGAGCGAAUGCCCACAAUCAAGAUAUUUCCCCUGCUCGCGAUAUACCAUCGUCGAUGCCGUGGAUCUCGACAACCGACAUUAGUCAAAAGGAUCCAUUGGCAGACGCGGACUUGAUGUCAAAUAGGGACGUGGGCGUGGGUAUUCCACAGUCUUCGAGUCAUUCAAUCAUUUAUGCAAAGCAGGCUGAGUUGGUGGAAGUGGGCCGAGACGUACAGUCCGGCCCAAUUCAACCAACGGUCAUUCUGCCCAUUACUGGAGGGAAAGUGGACAACAAAGACAUCGUAUUUGCGGAUGCCAGUAUAGAAACCAUUGACCAAGACGCUCACGUUUUCGAAGUGCACCCAGUUUUGCCAACGGCGCAAGCACAGGAGACUGUAGAGGUCCAUUCACAUGAGGAGGAGACAGACGGUCCCAUAUUUCCUGCCUCAAAUCUUGUGGUUGAUGGAAUCUUCCCUAUUGCUGAUGGACAAGUGCACUAUCGGGAUGAUAUGCAAUUGGGCGGCGACGCGCGGGACGCGAAGAUUGUAGUACCUUCAUCGCCCGUUCCUUUGAACGUCGUACUUCCGCAUGUGCUACCCCCUUCGUUGCAGAACAGUAAAAGUGGGACCACGGAGGAUGAUUCUACAAUACGAAGCAUUGGUAGAGAGUUCGACGCUAAACCCCAGGGAGUAUCACAGUCCUUUGACAUGCCUCGAGAAUUGGAAGCGAAAUCAUUACCGUUGUCGCCAACCAUGAAAACUACAAUUCACCUACCAUUUGCGAGAGCCGUGGAUGCACAAGUUGACGUAGAGGAGCACCAGCGCUCAUCUGUGGAAGGAAUUGGGAACGCUAUUGAUCUCACUGUGAUGGUACCUAACUCCUCUGCUGAACAGAUCGUGGUUCAAUCUGAUCCGGCAAUAGAGGUGAUUCGACAUCUGGUUGAAGAUCGGACUCAAUCAUUGGAAUGGAUUGCGCCGAUAUGUUCUGGGGAGAUUGCACAGCUUCUCGAUGAAGCUGAAAAGGUUGUGGAGUGCCUGAGAGAGGCAGUGCCGGUUACCAUAGACCCGCUCGAGUUGGACAACUCCGAUACUGGGACGUUUGCCCUAGCGCAGGACAUUUGUGACGUACCUCGCGUGGUUAUCGAUGCAGAACAACUUGCGCAGGUUACAGACUUUCCUCAAGGCGACCGCGAUAUCGAUGUCUUCACGGCAACCACAUCGGGAGGUCGUGCCGGUGUGCAAAAGGCGUCCCUUGAAGCUCUGGGGCCACUGGCCACAUUGAUUGCAACGGAAGAUCGGGAGGAUGAUGAGCUGUCUGCGAAACCCGCAAUUGCCAUCACCAACCCUCCAUUAUCUCAGUUACAGUCCACACCCAGUACUGCUGCUAGCACGCGUAUCCGAUCCAAAAGCGAUAAUACGGAUGAUGACCUUCCCUAUUCGAGUAUCUCUGCGCGGUCCGCCAGACCCAAGAAGUCUGCAAAGAGACCUCCGCUUCCCCAUCCGCAACUCCCAUCCAGCACGUUUGCUAGCCGACGAGUCCGAUCCAAUAGUGAUCAUACGGACGACGACCUUCCUGAUCAGGAGAUGUCUGAACGGUCCCCAAGAACCGCAAAGGCGACAAAGAAACCUCCAAUACCUUAUCCCCAGUCCACCGCCUCCGCUGUCACUAGCGUGCGCGGCCGGUCCAAUAGCGACAAUACGGACGAUGAUAUUCCCUAUCUUACAGACGCGUCUUCCCACGUCGUUUCCACCGGUCCUGCCACUCCCAUGUGGGAUUCCGAUGAUGUGGAUUCGAACGCGGACUUUUUCGAACUGAAGCGCGGCGAUAAUUACGACAACCCUCCCCUGAAAUCCUUUAUUGAGCGCCCCGCGAUUUUGCGUCCGCGUCACACCCCGUCGGCAGAAUCCCUCGGACGUAGAAUUCUGGAGAGCUUGAGUGGAUUGGGGGCUGUCCGGGUCUUGGAGCGAAACGAUAGCGGGAACACAGACUUUGCUGAUGAUGUCGUAGAUAUCAGUCCAAGUUUGGAGCAUGGCCUCGGGUUGGGUAUGCUUCAAGGAAAGAGUACCCGGCCAAGGAAACAUUCGACUCUGUCAGUAGAGGUGCCGAUCGCUGAUUUUCUGGACAAAUACGAUGAUGAUGAGAGUGUGGAUGAUUAUGAAACAGAUAACUCGGAGAAUGAGAAAGAGAAUCCCGAAGCUAAUGGAGACCGUACGGAUGACAGUCAAAGUACGGUUACUUUCAAGUUGGACAGAAACGUUGUUGCUGAGGAUUCGAAGAUGACAGUCCUUGACCAUCAAGCGUCUGUGAUACAUGAUAAAACCUUCCUUGCCGAACAAAGGUUCACUGCAUUGGAUGACGAAAUACUUACAGAACCUUCUGAUAAAGGUGUAUUUGUCAGAGAUCCGCUCAUAACAGACACCGCAGACGCAACUGUACGCUCUGCUAUAAAGUCUGAUGCUAUCCUCGCAGGGGCAGUGCUUUCAACCACCGAAGGCGAAUCAUUAAGAGAUUCCAUCGUUCAAAUUUUGGAAAACUAUGGAAGCGAUCCUGCGCAAAGUUCCGGGUCAGCGCUUCGAAAAACGAUGGACAACCAUAGUAUCGGGUCAAAUAAUGGAACUCUUGAGCGGAGUAACACAAACAGUCAUCCGCAUUCUACUAGAAAUUCAGGGCCAAUAUUGGAUGUUGCGGAUGAAGCGCACGGUCAAAAGCACCGGGCGAGGCUGUCUGCAGAUUCUAUUGGUUCUAAUGUGGCAAUUGUGGACGGUGGCCGAGAUCGUCAUGUAGAUGAACCAUCCGCUGGCGCGUUGGCAGUCACUCGUGACGCCCAGAAGAUUCUCUCCAAGGAGUUGCAUACAACUCGCGAACCGAUUAUCGUACAGAUCUCUCCGCCGACAUCUACCAUGGCACUGGACCGAGACGUUACAAGAAAGGAUCGGACAAAGUUUUUAUCGGUUUCCUUGGGCAGUAACGUGGACAGUGGUAUCAGUGAUGUCUCGGGGCCAUCCGUGCAUGCGGUACACUCGCGAGGUGGAUCGAACGAAGAUCCGAUGGUGGAAGCGCAGAAAGACGUCAUGCAGCCAACAACUCGAUCACACCAAGUCGCCGCCCCACCGCUGAAUCCGCCAAAGAGCCUAAUGGAACACAUGCGGGACGUGAUUGUUGCACAAGCACAUAUUCCGUUGCAUCCAGACAUGCAGCAUGGCAAUGCCUCAGCGAGCAAGUCGUCCGAUGUUCCCUUGGGUCGCAUACGCAGUGUACGCAAGGCAUAUAUGGCUGCACCUGCUGCUGAAGCUUUUAAUGAUAAUCCGGUGGGCGCAUCCACUAAAGAACAGUGGGAUAACCGAAAGGGGCAAGCUGGCAGUUUCAAGUUAAACCUGGGGAGUACUGCGCGCAAAAGGAGCUUUUCAAGUGAGCUUCAACAGAAGGCAGAAAAUGCGUCCAGACGUAGGUCUUAUUAUGACAUUGAAAAUGCAUCUCCGCCUCCUUCUGGUUCUGAGACUGUGCGUGAGAAUGGUUCUGAACGCUCCUUGAGUGGCGAUAAUGAUGAUCAGAUGUCUUGGAUGGCGGCUAUUGGAGCUACGUUCGCGGUUGCCUCGUACGGAUUUUCAUUUUCUCUUCUUAACAUCGCCGGUCCGAUCAUGACACACUCCCCUGCCUUCCAUUCCAAUACGGGGCUUGGUGCUGCGGAAUUGGCACAGGCCGCCUAUUUGGUUGCCUGUGUGGCAUCAGCAGCAAUUUGGCUGUGGUUUUCAGGCGUUUGGGGACCUGCGCGACCGCUAGUGUUUUGCCUAUUCUUGUUUACAGUGUUUACGGCGCUUUGUAGCGUCGGUGGCGAUUGGAAUCGUGUCAUAAGCUUUGAGGCUAUAGCAGGAGUGGGCGGUGGUGGUAUUUUACCAUUGACUUUCUUAUUGGUAAAAGACUCUAUGAAACUGCGCCAUGCUGUGCGAGUUUAUGCCGUACUGGCCUUGGUGUUGAUUUCUUCGCUGGCAUUUGCCCCUCUCAUUGGCCACCGUCUCCUCCUGAACGCAUUCACGAAUCGAAAGUGGAUAUUCCUCCUCCCGGCACUGCUAUGCAUCCCCGCGAUUAUUAUGAGUGUCUUGUUGGCUAAUCGUUUAGCUACCCCAAGGACGAGACGGUUGAUAACCAAGUUUUCCACAGCAAUGUUGAUGGCGUUCGCAGUGGCCGUUGGGUUGAGUGCUGUCGUUUGGGGUGGGCAAUAUCCAUACAAACGGAACCCAGGGAAUGUAGAAUUGGCUGUAGCAUUGGAAAUGAUCCCUGGAGACGUACAUGUGAACCCGAUAAGGAUUCUACAUGGACCAGGCUGGAAGUUGGAGAAUGGAGUUUGGGUGACAGAUCCAACCUAUACAAAGACCGUUUCGACGCCGCUGCCAAGUUCAACCGUUUCUGAACCGACACAGACCACUCCUAGUUCCGCUCCUAGUUCAUCUGGUACACCGUUCCCUGGCGCGACUGUCUCCUCUAGCAUCCCCGCCAGUACUACAAUAUCAUCACCAAGUACCGCGACCACAUCUACUCCUCCCACCAUAUCAAAGCCCAACCCAUCAUCCCCCAUGUCGUCGACGACGCCAUCCCCUCGCCCUAGGCCUCCACCUGUGAGCGUGGCUGGUUCUGAUAGACCACCAAAUGACCUGUUUCUCAACAAGUUGCACAUGUUGGAUCAAUGCCGAUUGCCGGCAUGGGAUGACGUGGAGGAAGCAGAGCCGGAGAAUGCGUUAAGCAAGGCGGGAUGGAUUGGAGGAAUGAUAGGUUUUGGAACAGUAGCGGUUGUAUUAUUUGGUGUACUCGGGCGACAACUGUACCAUAAUGGAGUUCUGGCCGAUCGGAAUGGCAAGCAAACUCUGGUUGCCGGCUUAUCCCUGGUGUUUAGCACUACGGCUCUCGCAUCUAUCCUGCGCUACCCUCCUCUUCAACUUGCUCUUCAAGCAUGUACCCCGACUCCGUUCCUCUUAUAUCCUCUUAUAGGUGGAAUAAUUCCCUUUUUGCUUCUUUUCCUUCUUCCAUAUUCGAAGCACUCUCAUACACGGGCGGCUUCGCCUGGGGCCAUUAUGGUAUUGGUCGGAGCCAUUCUAGCGGCCGUGGAUGCUGGGGCUGUGACUGAUGGAUUUGGUGUUGGAUUCAUGAUUUUUGGAGUUUUGGUGACUUUUGUGGGUUCCACUGUACGCUCUGUUGAGGGCGGAGGUGUCGGUUGGAGUGCAUGGAUGGGAGUAGGCGUUGUUGCUGGCACAGCUUUCGGCACCCUCCUCGCGAGUACUCUCUUCCGCGCCCACAUGUUGGAUCACACGACUGUAGCAACAAGUGCAACUCUUUUACUCCCACAUACCCCUGCUCCCUCGGAUCCCACAACCGUAGAAACAAUCAAUGAUGCAAUGCGACGUGUGUAUAGAGGCGUGGCUGUCCCAUUUUCGGCUGUGAGUUCCUUGGUAUGGAUAUUAGGAUUGAUACUCUAGGAUGUGUGUUCCAGAGAAUGGCUUAAUCCGGUUGGUAGAUGAUGUUACUUCCCUGAUCAAAUGAAUGUUAGAUAGGCGCAUAGAUUAUUAUGCAGAGACAAAUUUGGAGUAUGUCUCCUAUUUCUUGGUAUUCUGGUAGUGUUAAUUCAAUGUAUAUGUAUGUAGAAGCUGUAUAUCUAUGAAAAUCAAUCAUAUGAAGAAGUCUCAAAACUUGAAAAUACAAUGAAG